AUGGAUAUAUCAAUUAAAUGCUUUAAGCAUAAAAAUGGUUUAGAGUUUGACGAAAAGCUUGAUUUGGAAAUAUACAAUAAAAUAAGGCCAGUUUCAUCUGUAUUAAAAAUCCACAUUUACUCAAGAUUUACUCUUAACAAAGGUAAAUUUCAUAAAGGUGCACUAUCUGCUUUUCAUGGAUUCUUGCAACUUUUAGAAUUAUUUCAUCCACAUGAAUCUUUCGCCAAGAUCUUGAGCACUAAUCCAGAAAUUCAUAGGUCUGAGAAUUUUACCAUCUAUGACGAAAAAUAUUGUUAUAGUUGA